UGCAAGCCAUCAGCAUCCUCAACAUUAUGCUGGAUGGACAGAAUUAGCAGCAGCAGCCUUGCCUUGAUCUCCUUGGUUUUCCUAUUACUACUAUCAGUACUGCAAACGGCUCUAUGCGCGGAUUGGCGAUUUGAAGCUUGUAGUAAGAUCGUCAAUUGUGGUGGUGAAGGAUUCAACAUUAGUUACCCAUUUUGGAUUUAUGAUAAACAACCAUCUUACUGUGGCAUCCCAGGCUUUCAGCUGACCUGCAAGAACCAGCAGCCCACUUUCAAUUUAUCAUCUACUACUGACUAUAUCAUCCGUCAUAUCUCAUACGAAAACCAAUCUUUUCGGGUCAUUGAUGCCAAAGUCAGUAGGGAAGGCGGUUGUUCAUCUCAACUUGAGAACGUCACCCUAGAUAGCACUCCCUUCCGCUAUGGUCCAAACCGUGCAGAUCUCUUCCUCUUCUUCAAUUGCAAUCACACUCUUCUCCCUUCUGAAUAUUCAGUUCAUGAGAUCAAUUGUAGUUCUACUCCCUCUAAUUUGGCUUUACUCGAUGAUGAUCCCUUGUUGAAUCAAGUGAAGGCUUCUGGGUAUUGUAAUCCGCCAGUAAUCGCACCAGUUGACAGGAACAGUACUAGAGUAGUCCUACAAUAUGGGAAGUCGUCAUAUUACACGGAACUUUUGAAUGAGGGGUUUGAUUUGAUAUGGGGUGGUGCUUCUGAUUGCAGCAGAUGCCAAAGAAGCGGUGGGCGCUGUGGAUUUGAUUGGACCAUUUACAACUUCUAUUGUUGGUGCCCUGAUAGCCCACAAAGGGUGCAAUGCGGUAGUCUCUCUUCUCUAUCCACAAAUUUCUGA